GUUGGGGUCCUUAGUCUUCCCGGUGUUGCAAAAGAGCCCGUCAAGAGGGACGCUUUUUGAUUUCCUCUACACGAAGAUCUGUUUAAAAAACAACAACAUGUAUUACAAAGUCAGCGGGGUUACGGGAAAACUAACGGGAACUACAUCGGCCGCCUAUGCCCCUCAGGGGCUUAGGGCAACGGUUCCAACGGAGCCCCUUCCUAUGACCUUCGCUGUUCCUACCAAAUUGGUGUCUGAAGCGGGAACGGUCGUGGAGUAUCUGGGUGUCAACAAGGUUCAGGAAUGGCAGAAGAUUUUCCAGAAGUCUGAUGGCAUCCCCAUCCACCUGAAGCGUGGAAUCAUCGACAAGCUGCUGUACCGGACCACCAUGGGGCUGACGAUAGGAGGGACCCUCUACUGUCUGAUGGCCCUUUACAUCGCAGCUCAACCCAGGAAGCCCUAGUGAAGCCCAAGCCCCCCUCAGAACUCACAGCCUUUCUAGCCCCAUCUCUAUCUCCCCCUGCAAUCCAACUUAUUUGUGAAGAGGAGCAAUGCUUUGGAUAGUGUUGAUUACCGCUUCCCUCACAUUUGAGUAAAGAAAUUAGUUACACUGCUAACAACACUCUGAUUCGAUCAGUAUAUCAUUACCUGCAAUUGUAUUGUUUCCUUAUUUAUACUUGAUUUGUGUAAUUUAAUGGACCCUGCCUUUCUGCAACAGGUCCCUGUGUAAGAGAAUGAAUUCCUGGUGAUCACUACACUCUUAAUCAGUGGUUCAGAUACAGGUUAUGUCUUAGGAGGUUGGAGUGAGCAUGUAUGUGACCGUGUCCAGUCUUCACCAAGUUUGACCCCUUUGGGGUUACAGGGUCAUGGAGGUUUAGCACCAGCACGUGUCCUAUGAUAUUUGAGAGAACGUGCAUCAUCUCCCCGUUAUAGAAAUGACCCCAAAAGUGGUAACAGAUGGAGUUGUGUGGUCUGACUGCAGUGGUGGGCACACAUUACACACGUGUCCCUGUCACCUCAGUAAUCAGACACCGCACAUAGCCUGCGGAUCAGCUGCUGACUCUUCUAACACAGGAAAAGACACAUGACCAGGAAGGUGCUGGCCUAAAUUCCCCUAUCUCGAAGGUUUAACUGUCACAAUAAAUAUAUUUUAUUUCAAAAAAA